AUGGCUCCAUGUGUGUGUUCAAAAAUCUCUACAGCAGAUGCACUUGUGUUAGGGGCUAUCCAGAUUUUGAUUGGCAUCUUUCAUGUUCUCAUGUGGUAUUUACUAUUGAUUUUGUACAUCGGACAGAUUAAAGGAAAAUUUGGGACAUAUGAACCCCUAACUUACAAAACAGGAUGUGUUUUAUGGGGAAUUGUUUUUGUCAUUUCAGGAGUCAUCUUAAUAAGAGUAACAAGGUUUCCAACUCAACGCCUGGUUAUAUGUUCUUUGGUCAUGAGCAUUAUCUGCAUAAUUACUACAAUUAUUGCAACAGUUUUCAUAGCAAUUGAGUUGUCUAGUUUUCAUCCUGUGUCAUAUAGGAAUUAUGGACAAGCGAAACUUGGGAGGGAGAUUUCACGUAUUUUACUCUUCUCUUACCCCUUGGAAUUAGGUAUUGCAUGUAUGUACUCCAUCUUCACCUUUAUUGACUUGUCUAUUUCAUGA